CGUCUUCACAUUCACGCAAAUUCACUUUUAAUUCCAAUCCACUCUCUCUCUCUCUCUCUCUCUCUAAAAAUGGCGCCGAAGGCCGAGAAGAAGCCAGCGGAGAAGAAGCCCGCCGCCGAGAAGGCCCCCGCGGCCGAGAAGGCUCCGGCAGAGAAGAAGCCGAAGGCCGGGAAGAAGCUCCCCAAGGACGCUGCCGCCGGCGACAAGAAGAAGAAGAGGAACAAGAAGAGCGUGGAGACGUACAAGAUCUACAUCUUCAAGGUGCUGAAGCAGGUGCACCCCGACAUUGGGAUCUCCAGCAAGGCGAUGGGCAUCAUGAACAGCUUCAUCAACGAUAUCUUCGAGAAGCUGGCGCAGGAGUCGUCGCGGCUGGCGCGCUACAACAAGAAGCCGACGAUUACUUCACGGGAGAUCCAGACCGCGGUGAGGCUGGUGCUGCCUGGGGAGCUGGCCAAGCACGCUGUUUCUGAGGGGACGAAGGCGGUUACCAAAUUCACCAGCGCUUGAUUGCUGAAUUUCUGGUGAAUUUAGGGUUUGUGUAAAUUAGGUUUAUUUUGACUUUGGGAAAUUAGGGCAUUUGUAACGAAUUAUGUGUUUUUGCUAUGAAUGGAUGUUGAUUUUCUGAAA